AUGUCACUUUCUAUGCAAGUACAUCUCCGUAAUUUUCAUUUGUGUCAGAAUUUUUGUUGCUCGACCGGUAGCACAGACGAACUUUAUCCAGGACAGACACCAGCUGACAGGCCAGGUUUAACUGACAGAGUAUUUAAUACGAAACUUAGGGAUCUCUUGCAUGAUAUUUUGGAGAAGAAUGUUUUGGCAGAGAUUGCAGGGUACAUGUGGACUAUAAAGCAUGGACUACCUCAUUUUCAUAUGCUGUUCAUAUUAAAAAAGAUCCAGAACAUUAUGAUAAUUUUGUUUAUGCAGAUCUUCCAAAUCCACAAACACAACCAAUUCUGUUUCAACAUGUCACCAAAAGCAUGCUACAUGGUCCACGUGGAAGAGAUAAACCCCAUGCAACAUGUAUGGUUGAUAGGAAAUGUAAAAAACAUUUCCCUAGAGACUUUCAGGAAAAUACGUUACACGGUUUUAAUGGCUAUCCACUUUACUGACGUCAAAAUAAUGGUUUUACAUUUUACAAAGUCUAAUGUUGAAUUAGAUAAUCGUUCAGUAGUACCAUAUUCCCCCUUCUUUUUAGUCAAAUAUGGAGGUCAUUGUAAUGUAGAGAUACGUGCAUCUGUAAAAUCAGUUAAAUAUAUUAGCAAAUAUAUUCACAAAAGUCAUAAUCGGGUGACAGUCAACAUUAGUGGACAAACCAAUGCACAACAAAUACACAAAAAUUAUAUCAAUGGCCACUAUACAUCCUCAUCAGAGGCAGUCUGGAGGAUUUUAGGGUUCAAAUUACAUGGUUCAUAUCCUGCAGUCAAACGGCUUACAGUUCAUUUAUCCCAACAGCAAUACAUUUACUUAAUGACGAUAAUGGUACUGAACAUGUUAUCCAUACAUAUGACAGAUCCACUCUCACUGAAUGGAUGUGAGUUAACUGGGAAUCACCAGCUAAUUUGCAGUACUUUACACCAUACUGAUUUCCCUGAAUUUUUCACAUGGAAUAAUAGUGGCAUCUCAGAAAAACUAAUACACACUCAAUUGGGCCUGUCUACAUUGUUUCACUAA